CAGGUGUAGCGAGGAGGGCACAACGGAGAGGACAGAAACUGGAUGGCUUCUACGGUGAGUCUGGGCAAGGAAACAUUAUUGGAAGAUGGAAUGCCACCUGCAAAAAAGCCCAGGAAGCUGUUGCCAAGCCUCAAAACCAAGAAGCCUCGGGAACUUGUUUUGGUGAUCGGGACAGGAAUUAGUGCUGCAGUUGCUCCCCAGGUGCCAGCGCUGAAGUCCUGGAAGGGGCUGAUUCAGGCCCUCCUGGAUGCUGCUAUUGACUUCGAUCUCCUAGAAGAUGAAGAGAGCAAACGGUUCCAGAAGUGUCUUCAUGAAGACAAGAACCUGGUUCAUGUUGCCCACGACCUUAUUCAGAAGCUGUCUCCGCGCACAAGCAACGUUCGCUCAACCUUUUUCAAGGACUGUUUAUACGAAGUGUUUGAUGAUCUGGAAUCCAAAAUGGAAGAUUCUGGAAAGCAGCUGCUUCAGUCUGUGCUUCACUUGAUGGAAAAUGGGGCCCUUGUGUUAACCACAAACUUUGAUAACCUGCUGGAGCUGUACGCAGCACACCAGGGAAAGCACCUUGAGUCUCUUGACCUGACUGAUGAAAAGAAGGUGCUGGAGUGGGCACAAGAGAAGAGGAAGCUCAGUGUCCUGCACAUCCACGGCGUCUACACCAACCCCAGCGGCAUCGUCCUGCACCCGGCCGGCUACCAGAACGUGCUGCGCAACACCGAGGUCAUGCGAGAGAUUCAGAAGCUGUAUGAAAAUAAGUCCUUCCUCUUCUUGGGCUGUGGUUGGACAGUUGAUGACACCACGUUUCAGGCCCUGUUUUUAGAGGCUGUCAAGCACAAGUCAGACCUGGAACACUUCAUGCUGGUGCGGAGGGGGGAUGUGGAUGAGUUCAAGAAGCUCCGUGAAAACAUGCUGGACAAAGGGAUCAAAGUGAUUUCUUAUGGAGAUGAAUACGCAGACUUGCCCGAGUACUUUGAGCGGCUGACGAGCGAGAUUGCCAUGAGGGGCCGCACAGGUGUGCCCAAGGAGGGGCAGCAGCUGAACGGCUCUGCCGCUGCCCACGCUGAGGUAAAAGCCUUUGCUUCCAUGCAGGAUGCAGCCCUUGAGCCUCAGCCCUGCCCAGGCCCUGAGCUCUUGCAGGGGCUCCUGGGACAGGCCCAAGCCAGGCCAGCAGCCCUCAGGGAGCCCAGCACUGUCCCACUGCUGUCCAGCAUCGAGCCAGGACAGAGCCUCCAUGGAUGAACGAACACCUGGUCUAACAUAGUAAUUGUGGUUUUACUGGGGCUGCAUGUGCCUGUGGAGUGCGGUGU